UCAAAUUCGAAGACACUGACAAGCAUAUGUCAGACUGUCAGUUUGUGUAUAUUUUCCGAUCAAGAUGGACCUUGAUAAAAUACAUGUACUCAAAAGAUGUUCUCCAAAUCAAGAAAUAAUCAAGAAAUAAUAUAUUAAUUAAACCUUUUUAAAAUCGAUCUUUAAGAAAACACAGAUCGUUCAUGCAUGCAAAAUGAUGGGAAUUAAAGAUAAGGAGUUCACCACAGCCUUGGAGCAAGCCAACCAGGCUCAAAGCAAACUAUCGCAAAAAGUGAUCCGAGUAUUCUUCAGCUCUCCUUUUGGGGGUCUUGAGUUAGAACGAGAGGAGCUCACAAAGAAAUACUGGCCUCAACUUCAGUCACUGUGUGGUCACCAUGGUUACACAUUUGUUCCUGUUGAUCUGCGAUGGGGUAUCACAUCUGAUCUCUCGGCAAACGCGUCAACCAUAAAAAUCUGCUUAAGUGAAAUUGAUCGUUCCGACAUUUUUGUUGGAUUUUUUGGCCAGCGUUAUGGCUGGCAUGGUGACGAUGAACUUUUGCAAAAGACAUUCAAUGCUGCACAACAUGAUUACCCGUGGCUAGCUGAGCAUCGUGGAAAGGCUGUUACGGAACUCGAGUUUCUUCAUGGGCAUCUCAGGCAACCUGGACGAAUACCUGCGUGCUUUUAUUUCAGAAAUAAGGAUUACGAUGACAAGAUGUUUGUUCAAUACGAAUCAGAAAGAAACGAGAGAGAAAUGAGGAAGUAUAAGUCAAUAACGGAUGGUCCCCAUGCUGCAGAGAUGUUAGAUGAUUUAAAGAAAAGAGUUUAUGAAACUCGACACAAAUGCAUUGAUGUUUGCAUGUCCUAUGAAACACCACAAGAGGCAGCCAAGAUGAUGUUUAAAGCCCUAAAUGCGCAGAUUAAAAAGAUGCUUGCAACUGCAUCUGAUAUUGAUCUUAGUCCAAGAGAAGUGGAGAAGACGAAACAUGAUGCAUAUUUUGUAAAGCAAUACUCUAUUGGCGGAAAAUAUAUCGGAGGCGACAAAUACUUAGAAAAAAUUGACGAACUCAUUGCAUCAGAGGGGUCGAAUGAGAUAGCGGUUACAGGAACUGCUGGAAGCGGAAAAACUGCACUUUUGUGUAACUGGAUUGAUAAUCACUCGAAGAAAAAUCCAGAAGAUAUUGUUGUGUAUCAUUUCAUCGGUUGUGGAACUAACACUACAGAUCCCAAACUGAUCCUUCAGAGGGUAUGCGAUGAACUGGAUUACGAGUUACAGAAAAAGUUGAGCUCAGCAACAACGGGGACUGAGCCCAGGGCUUCAAAAACUAACGAAGAUGUAACGACAUCGUUACAUCGAAAAGAAGGAAAUCAAGUAACGCAAAGUGCUCCGGGUGAAAAGAAAAACGAAAGAAAAUCGUCACGGGGGCUUCUUUCAUGUUUCCGUGGGAGCAAAGUGACAGAUGUUGAUAAAAAUUAUCGUUACGAAAACGCGAAUGAUGCAAUAAAUCAAGUGGGUGAAGAGAAGAAUCAGGCAACAGAAGAACAAAAAGAGUUGAAGACAAAUGAUAAAAAUGCCACGAAUGUAAAGAAAUUUUCACCAAAAGAUUUGCUCCCCACAGGAGGUGGAAACCAUUCCAUUCAAAUGAUCUUGGGAAAAAUAGCAAAGCUUACUAAAGAUAUAUCUAAAGCAGAAAGAAAGGUGUUUAUAGUUAUUGACGCCUUAAACAAGACUGAUGAUCUUGGGAAGACUGGAAAGGUUUUAUAUUGGUUACCCGCCGACCUUCCAUCCAAUGUCUACUUGAUCGUCUCAACUAGAAGUAAGCAUCAGACUUCUAUGGAAGUACUUGUCCAAGAACGAUCGUUCGCCACAGUCGAAGUUUCCGGUUUAGAUGACUUGCAUAAAGAAACAAUGGCGAAGAACACAUUGGCACUUCGAGGUAAAGAAUUCUCAGAGAAACAGAUGUCAAAAGUUGUGGAAGCAGCACAGACCAGGAAUCCAUUGUUUCUUGAAAUUUUCCUGGAGGAAAUGUGUGGUUUCGGAGAUUUCUUUCUCGUUGAUAAACAGAUUGAUCACCUUCUUGAGGCUGAGAGCACAAAAAUUCUCUUUCUGAAGUUUAUCAAAAGGAUGGAGUUGGAUUAUAACCCAAAAGAUCCAGAAGGAAAUCCUAGCAGAAAUGUCGUAAAGGAAGUUUUGUGUUUGAUUGAAGUCUCCAACGAGGGUUUAUCAGAAGAAGAACUAAGAGGAAUUCUCCACAUUGACUCGGGAAUGUGGUCACCAAUAUUUUUUGCCAUUGCCAGUUUUAUUUUAGACAGAGCUGGUUUGUACAGCUUUGGCUACGAAGAUCUAAGUAAGGCAAUAAAUGAGAAUUACCUGACAGAACAAUCAGACAGGCUCAUGUUCGUGGAAAAGUUAUCCGACUAUUUUGAAGGCAAAUUUCAGGAUUUAUCGUUAUCAGUGGACCAUGUAGUACCAUCACGAAUAUCAAGUGAAUAUCCACGACUUCUGUCGAAACUUAACGAGGGUGAAAAGUUGUCCAUAUAUCUAACAAAACUUUGUGUUAUGGCUAGCGUCCCAAGUGAUGGCCCAGAGUGGUUUAAAAUGAUGGAUUACUGGGAACAAACAGGCCUAAGUAAUGAUAAGAUCUCGCAUGCAUUUUUAACAUCAAUUGAAGAGGAAAUUACCCAAAUAAGAGCAAGAGAUUUGCAAGAAUUUGGUGAAGAGAAGAAUCCAAUUUUGACGCAUGAAAAGUUGCUUCCAGUUCUUCUACGAAUCGCAGAAUUUAUGGUCAGCGCUGGCUACGGAAGAUCUGCCAUUCCUAUUUUACUCAAAGCUAAAGAACUUUAUGGAUCCCUGGAAAAUAGAGCGACAACAGAUCUUCAGGCUGUGGAACAAUAUUGCUGCAUCAAUUACAGACUGGCAUGCCUCUACGUCGAUUUGGAUAUGCUGGAUGAAGCCGAACCUAUUCAUAAGGAUGUCUUAGAAUUGAGAGAAAGGUACAGCGAUCAGUUUGAAAAUGGUGACAUUGAAGUGGCCACCUUACUUUAUGGCCUAUCUGUGCUUGAAGGGCGUCGCAGAAACUAUGACAAGGUUAACGAGUACAACACGAGAGUCCUGUGUCUCUAUGAAAAACGAUUACCCGAGGAUCACGAGUAUUAUGCCAAUCUUUACAAUAACUGGGGCGUGGCUGUGAUGUCCAAUAAUCCUUCAAACGAUAAGGAAAUAUACGAAAAAGCUAUAGAGUAUAUGAAUAAGGCUCAAAAAAUUUAUGAAUCAGUAUACUUUGGCCACUUACCUCCUCAAGUAACUGUCACAUUAAAUAACCUGGCUUUAUGUAAUCGACGACUUGGCAACAUCGAGGAAGCUAGAAAAAUAUACGAAAGAAUAUUGGCCAUUCGUAUCGACACGCUGGGAGAAAAUCACACCGAUGUUGGAAUGGUUUACAGAAAUCUUGGAACUUUGGAAAUGGUUGAGCAAAAUUAUGAUAUUGCGAUGAAUUACUACGAGAAGUCAUUAAAAAUAUAUGAGGCGUUUGGAGAAGAACAUUUGGAAACAGCUUUGUCAUUGGAGAAUAUGGCCUUAGCUUACAUCAAUCUCAAAAACUGGGAUAAAGCUCAUUACUAUUUCAACAGAGCUGGUGAAAUUCUCCACAAAACCGGAAGAAUGGACUGCUCUAUAGCCAGUAUGAACUCCGAGAUGGCUGACUACUACCUUAACAACGGUCGUGAACCAGAUGCAUAUAAAUUAUUUCAACGUUUAGUUGGUACCAGCAUAGCUACACCACGUGACUAUGCUGCCUUGGAAUACUUCGAUCGUCAACUGCCGGAGAGCGAAAGGCCGGCGAGGCCUUACGAACACACCUUGAACUAUGCCUUGGAAAAAUGGCCCGAUAAUGAAAUGUUGCUUCGAAACAAGAUCGUCUCUCUUAGUGAGAUUGGGAAUAUAGACAAAAUGAUGGAAUGUUUUGUCAAAGCUGGGAAAUGUGAUGUGAAUAUUUACCUCACAGCGUAUAGCUCGUUCGUUGAGAAAGGACAUAUUGCCAUUGCUAUGCCACUACUUAGGGAAGGCCUUGAGCAUUACCCUGACAAUCCAUUCUUACUUCGAAACACAGUGGAACUAUCCUUGGCAUUGAAGGAUUAUCCUUCAGUUGUUAAAUGUACUGAAAAACUGCUGAAUCAAGAUCCGAACGAACUUUUUGCAUUAGUGUUUCUUGGUCGUGCCCAGGCGCUUAAUGGGGAUCUGACACAGGCAAAAGAAACGUUUUCUCGUGGUUUAUCGGUUGCACAGCAAGCACAAGACGACGAACAUACUUCAAAGUUUGAAGUUUUUUUGAAAAUGCUGGAGAACGAUGCUUAAUGAUAUUAAUGGUGAUUAAUCAACCUUCACGUUGUACAGUUUUGUUUUAACACAAUAUAGUGUCAACACUGUA